AUGUCAUUUCGCAAACGCAACGUCAUAGUCAGCUCCUCUUCCUCAAACUCUAGCCCACCAGCCCUCAGACAACAAGAACAGACACCGCCCCUCGGGGUCAGACCCUCUCCUCUAGAUGGGAGACUUACCACAUCAACGGGCACUCAGUCCCUGGACCAACUGCUGGCAGGACACAACGGGUUUCCCCUGGGUACAUCACUGCUCAUCCAAGAGGCUGGCACAACAGACUUUGGCGGUACCCUGCUUCGUUACUUUGCUGGCGAGGGACUCGUUCAGGGUCACAAUGUCCAUCUUCUCGGCUAUGGCGACGUCUGGCGCAGGGAGCUUCCUGGUAUGGGCAGUGGGGACAAGAAGUCGUCUUCAAGUCGGAGGGAAUCUUUACCGGCUGCCGAUGACAAGAUGAAGAUUGCCUGGAGAUAUGAGACGUUGGGCAACGCAUAUUCGAGGAACAAUACAUCUGUCGAGCCCAAAGCAUGUGGUAAAGAGGGGGCCAUCUUCUGUCACUCCUUUGACUUGACUAAACGACUAGAAAACUCGCAUAUAAAGGGCAAGCUCUUUACCUCUCCCAUGGCCGACUCACUGUCCUCGCAGCCAGACCAGGCCAUCUUUUUCAAAAAGUUUCUGUCCGACGUCGCAGCCCGCAUCAAGAACAGCCCGACAAGCUCUGUGCACCGCAUCGUCGUACCCAGUCUCCUCUCCCCUACGCUAUACAGCUCGGGCUCCUGCCGCCCCUACCACAUACUUCAGUUCCUUCAUGGCCUGCGCGCCCUGCUACGUCGCUACCCGGGCCAAAUCGUCGCCAUGGCCACCCUCCCCAUCUCACUGUUCCCGCGGUCGGCGGGCCUCACGCGCUGGAUGGAGCUUCUCUUUGACGGCUGCCUAGAGCUCAUCCCCCUGCAGCAACAGAGCCAGAUAGCCCUCGAGCCAGGAAAGGAGGACAAGUCGCAGGGUCUACUUAGGGUUCACAGCCUACCCGUUUUCCAUGAGAAGGGCGGCGGGCUCGAAGGAUCGUGGUCGAGAAAGGAUCUGUCCUUUAAGCUAAGUGCUUCCAGUGGGCUGGUCAUUACACCUUACAGCUUGCCUCCUGUGGGAGAAGAGGAGGAAGCUGCCAAGGCGGCGGCAAAGUCCAAUGACUCUAAGAAGGAAUCUUUGGAUUUCUAG